AUUUAUUCUGUUCAUAUUCUUAAGACCCACCCAGUCACAUGGAGGCAAAGGGAGGGGAAAGAGGGAGGAAGCAUCGUGAAGCUGACCAUAGUCCCUCCAUUACAUAAGAAGACAAACAGGAAAUACCUCCUUCUAUAUUCCCUCCGUCUCCAGUGGCUUCAUCGUGAUUCCUCCUGCCUCACUACCAGGCUCCAACAGAUAGGUAAAGAUUUCUGAAGAUGGAAAAAGGAUACCCACCCCACGAGUCCGCUCCACCGUACCCUGGGCCCCCCGUGACCUAUGGGGUCCAGCAGCCAGGGAUGUACCCUCAGCCGGGCUUCUCUCCUGCAGCGCCUCCACCUGCUGCGUAUCAGGGAGGUGUUCCUUUUGCUCCGGCCAUGGCUGCACCUGUCACAACAGUGACUCACUUGGUAGUAACACCGGCACUGCAUGAUGUCCCGGGACAAACUGUGUGUCCCCACUGCCAGCAGACUGUGAUCACCAACACCGAGCACACCGCCGGCCUGAUGACCUGGGCCAUCUGUGGGGGCCUCACCCUUUUUGGGUGUUUUCUUUGCUGUUUUAUCCCGUUCUGCGUGGAUUCCUGUCAAGAUGUGGCGCAUCACUGUCCUUCUUGCCAAAAAGUCAUCUACGUAUACAAGCGAAUGUAAAAUUAACUAUGUGGCAGAAUAUCGCAAUGCUAACCUCACUCGCUCACUCAACACUACAACUAACACUGUGUUAUAUCCAACAUGCAGUGAAACAUUUGUAAUUCCUAUAACAACAAUCAUGGAAAUAAAAAUGACAAAAACAAUUGUUUCCAGCUGUCUGCUGACAAGACGCUCAUUUGGCCCAGUGGUGAAACCGGUUGGUUGGCGGGUGUUUUACACUUUAUGCAACACUGAUUAGAUUUUGGUGGUCAAAGGUCACUGUGACCUCACAAAACACAUUGUUGUCUGUAAUAAGAAAUUAUGAUGAUGUCAUACAAAUAUUUAUUAAGGUGGUGUGAUGAUACUUUGGACAGACAUCGUUAACUGCGACAUGUCCGGUUGUUGGAGGUGUUUACUCCUUCAACGGAAUUUGUUUAUUUAACUGUUUUAUCUGACAUUAAAUUA